AUGAUCCGGAGCCCGCUCACCCAGGAGGAUUUCCACUGGCUGUUUGGAACAAGCAAGUUUGUCAGUUGUUGUGCAAGCCUGACACGGCCACAGUUUGGUCUUCUGAAGACAAAAUUCCUUGACGAAACGGCUCCUGGUUCCCAGCAAUCCAACCGGAUUCCGAAGCAGAAGCCGCAGGGUUUGGCGAAAGCGAAGCCAGACAAGAGGAACAGGCGCCGUGACCCGCGCCCAUUGGAGGUGGGCGUGGAUUCCCCCUCGUCUGCCCCACGUCGUGCCCCCCCGCCCUCGCGGGGUGCCCAGCUCCACUUUCUGCGCCCCGCAACGCCUCUCCCUCCCCGCCGCCGCCUGGGGGCUUCCGGCGCUGCGCGCUCGGGCGUCCGGAGGCGUCUGCGCCUGGUGUCCGCGCGGACGCCCCCCUGGAAAGCGCACCCCCAGCCUCCGCCCGCGCGCCCUCCGGCGGCCCCAGGGCCUCCUCGCCGAAGAGCUGCGCCCGCUUCGGACUCUGCCCACCGGCGGCGGAGGGCGGGCCCCGCGGCAGGGAGGACGGGCGGCCCUCCUCGCAGAACGAAGGAACUCCUCGCCGGCCGGCCGCCCCUCUCUAUGGUCCGGGCCGCGCGUCGCGUCAUCAUCGCGCGCCGAGGCGGGAACUUCGACGGGCGGCGCGGGCCCUUCGGUUCCAGACCGCGGAGCCCCUCUCUCGGCGCGCCGCCGGCGGGUUCGGCCUGGAGGGCGAUGGCCCGGCGCGGAGGUUUUGUCUCGAAUGAGGACCCCCAAACCUGCUUCGUGUUGCACACCAAGGACAAGAAACAGCAGAAGACACAGGUUCUGAGCAGGUUUAAUUGCAUUGCAGAUCCAAGACCGAUCUACCCGGCAAAGGCCCUUGGUAUCACCGGAAAGGUGGCUGCUUGCUCUGCUGGGUCUGUUUUCACUUCACUCACAUGCAACGACGCCAACAGCAACGAUGAUUCCAUCUUUGUCCAAGGCCCCACCAGGAAUCCAUCCCAGCUCAGGGAGACAGGCCGUCGCCAGAGGGCUUGGAGCUGCCUGCCUCUUGCCUCCCCUCAGAGUGGCUGUGCUGCUUCCUGGGAGGGGCCAGAUCCUUUCCUCCUGGAGAGCAAGAAGAGCUCUGGGGAAGGCAUUGCCCAGGGCCAGCUGCAUAGCUCAAGCGGGUGCUUAGUUCUGGAGAGCUCUGAUGAGGAGAUGAAUAGUCUUAUUGUUCUCAUGAAGCAAAGGAUGCUGUUUCCUGAAGACAAGAGGGCCGGGAUCCAGCAAAGCCCCUGUGCGGAGAGAAACCUCGGGCCUUCUCAAGCUCCAGCUGUGAAGAGGGAGGGCAGCCUUCUGUCAGCGUCCAGAAUCCUUGCUCCUGGGACACCAUGUUCUCCGGGGACUUCUAAGAACAAGGUGCUCUCGGACAUUACUCAGUCCCCCUGGAUGCAAAUGAGGAGACCAUGCCAUGUGCAGGGCUGCUUCUUACAGGAGCUGUCAGACCCAGAAUCCCAACUAGCAAAGCAUUUCCAGAGUAAAAAAGAAGAGCUGGCCCAAAAGCUGUAUUCCUUUUACAACUGUUCUGUCUUUGAGGAAAAGCUGCCAGGGAGAAUGGAAAUUAUCUGGAAUAAGAAGAUGCAGAAAACAGCAGGGUGUUGUGUAACUGGCCAGCUGAAGGAUCCAGAGAGACAGCGCUAUGCCAAGAUAAUGCUCUCAGAAAAAGUCUGUGAUUCUGCAGAUCGACUUCGGGAUACUCUCAUCCAUGAACUGUGUCAUGCAGCUACAUGGUUGAUCCAUGGUGUUCGAGACGGGCAUGGGCGAUUCUGGAAUUUAUAUGCCAAGAGGGCUGCUAUGAUUCAUCCAGAGCUCCCAGUGGUGUCACGGUGCCACAACUAUGAGAUAAAAUACAAGUUUACUUAUGAAUGCUUACAAUGCAAAAACACAAUUGGACGCCAUUCCAAAUCCCUGGACACGCAGCGCUUUGUCUGUGCUCUUUGCAAGGGGCAGCUUGUGCUUUGCCAGUCCAAGCUCAAAGAUGGUACACCAGCUAAAGCACCACUUGCUCCAUUUGCAAAAUAUGUGAAGGAAAACUAUAGUUCCACAAAGCGCUCGCAGCAGGGCCUGAGCCACGGAGCCAUAAUGAAGAAACUCAGUGCAGACUUUGCCAACCACCCUUGACUAUUCUAGUGAAGGACUUGUAUAGCAAAGGAAUCUGUUGCUGAAGAAGGAAGUUUUCUGAGGUAGAGAAGGAGGAGGCCAAGCCCAGUGGAAGAUCUUCGUCAUAACAGCCUUCCUUUCUUGCAUGCUUUUAAAUAUUAUUUGUAUGUUUGAGCUCAUUUGCUCCUAGGGCUUUGAAUCAAGUUUGUGUUUCUAAGUACUAAUAAACUGAUCUGCUGUUAUGUUUUGAA